CAUUCAGCUAAGAAAUCUAAAUGUAUAUUAAAAACAAAUAUUAUAAAAACAUAAAAUAAGUUUUGAUAGUGUAGACUCAUAGCUGAUUCAUGCAAUGACAAUGCCUUGUUAUUUAUAUAACAGGAGCAAAGAUCAUUACAAUCAGAGAUCAGAGAUCAUGAGUGUUUUUAUGAGGUGUCUAAUUUGUUUUUCAAAUAAUAAAAAAAUUAGAUUAAAGGGUCUUUGUAUGUCAACAAGCCUUUACUGAUUAAAUCAGUUGAUCACAUUGCAUAACGUUUCAAAAUCACAACAUGAAUUUUAGGAGAGGACAUACAUUUUCUAUAUAGACCUAGAGCUACUCUUAUAAAUUUUUAGGAAAUAAUAGUGUUUUGGAAAUUAUACCUGACUGUAGUGAAAAAACAGACUGUUUUUAUAUAUUCUGGAAAAAUCAGUGGCCUAAUCUAACACUGAAAUAUGACAAGCUAUGUACGAUUUGGGCUGUAUUAGAAAUCAAAAGGCAACAUCUGCUGCCUCCUGGUGGAGAUGUCGAACAUAUUGUCCAUGUCAAACCUAUGAAUGCUAUAAUUGUAUAGGCUAAAGUAACCUGUAAAAAUGUUUUUGGAAUCGCGAGAAUCUGAUUUAAAUGGUCAUUUUGAGCUAUGAUGUCACUUUCAAGAAUGUUUUAAGGCAUCAUAACUGAAUAAUAAAAUACAAAUCCAUAUUUAUUUUAGGUGAUGAUACAUCAGGUAAACUUAGUAAUUAGGAACCAAGGUAUAAUUUGGAUUUUAGAUGGUUUAUUAUUAUUAUUAUUUAAAAAGUUGCCACAAUAUAGACUACGUGAAAUGUAAGUUAGGCCUAUCAGCUGAUUUGAUUAAUCUGGGUUUGCUGGGGACUGGAUGGGUAAAUAUAUUCAACAAAAUCUUAAAGUUAACAUAUAACGGCAUCUGCUAUUUAUACUAGAUUAUAUAGAUAGCUUCAUUAUUUAAUUACCUUUCUAUACUUUAUUUACAUUUUAGCUGAUGGGAGUCAAUGAAAUGGACUGAGAAGUUUAAGUUUUCUCUUUUCUAUAAAUUCCCAAUUCUAAAGUUUCCUCUGUCCUUAAACAGCUGAAUCGGUUUUAUAUAUUCUCAUCAUCAUCAUAAAAUCCAAUAAUAUCCAGCUGCAGACCAGUACGGGAUUUCUUUUCCGCUAGCGACCAAGAACUGUUCUUUAUUGCAAUCUGCUCCACUUCGGAGUGUACGGACUCGUCCAAAGUGUUUUACCCCUACAAUAACGUUGUGGGUGCUCAGAAAUGAUUAAUUUGCAACUUUUUUGUCUUCAACCAUAUCGGAACGAUACUACCAAAAUGAAACAUGAGUUUAUAAUGUGAACGUUCUCAAAUAUAAUACUGACAUCCCAUUCCCAGAUACACGAGUCCCCCCUACAGUCUGGUGGUGGACUCGUCCAUUGACAGCGGAGCAGAGCUGUGUGUGUGGUGUCAGGUCUCUCGCUCAAUGAUGAGGUUUCAAGUGCGCCUUUGAGAUGUUAUGGAGUCUGUAGAAUAUUCUGCAAUUUUUAACUUUUUCGCUUUCCUUUUAUUAAAACAACAUUCCAACUUUUAGAGUACAAGAUCGACCUGAACGUGUAAGCGUAGCUUAUUUAGUUUUUGUUUGUAUAUGCAAGCUUCUGUGAGUUUUUUUCUUUCAUGGCGAAAAUGUUGAAAGUUUUGUGAGGACACUCCUUCUUCAGACGGACUAAGGCUACAGCUGACAAAUUGGGGGACAUAUCAGCUCUGUCAUUUUCAUAGAGGGAGCAGCAAGGGUCUGGGAAAAGCCUGCGAGAGAGUUUCAUCAUGGGUAAACAGAACAGCAAGUUGCGACCCGAGGUCCUCAACGACCUGCGGGAGAACACCGAGUUCACGGACCACGAGCUGCAGGAGUGGUACCGCGGCUUCCUGAAGGACUGUCCGUCGGGCCACCUAACGGUAGAGGAAUUCAAGAAGAUCUACGCCAAUUUCUUUCCCUACGGUGAUGCUUCGAAGUUUGCGGAGCACGUGUUCCGCACCUUCGACACCAACGGCGACGCCACAAUCGACUUCCGGGAGUUCAUAAUCGCUCUGAGCGUGACCUCGCGCGGAGGCCUGGAGCAGAAGCUCCGCUGGGCCUUCAGCAUGUACGAUCUGGAUGGCAACGGAUACAUCAGCCGAGCUGAAAUGCUGGAGAUCGUACAGGCAAUUUACAAAAUGGUGUCAUCUGUGAUGAAGAUGCCCGAGGAUGAAUCAACGCCAGAGAAACGCACAGAUAAGAUAUUCCGACAGAUGGACACGGACAACGAUGGCAGACUGUCUCUGGAGGAAUUCAUCAAAGGUGCCAAGAGCGACCCCUCUAUCGUCAGACUACUGCAGUCUGACCAAAGCACCUCUCGACAGUUAUAAAUACAGGUCUUAAAAGCAGCUGACAGGCAACCACUCACAUGCACACUGAAAAGACAAGAUUAUUUGAAAGGUAGCUGAUGGCAUCAUCAAUGAUAAAUUUCCUGCUUUAAAAGUUUCCUUGUUCAUGGGUCGUCACCUGUUUCAUCAAUAUUCCAGCCUGAUUUUAUUUUGAUGUAAUUCUGUUUUUCAAUGGCAUUGCUGAGCUGUCAUAAUGUCUGGGCUGGGUCAACAUUUGAAAGACCCCUUGAAUUCAGUUGUCAAAAAUCCACUUUUAGCAGAUAUUCACAUUUUAAAACUUGCUCUUCUGAUGAUUGGUUGCAUUACACAGAUUUUUGUCAAAUCAAAUGCUCUCUAGAUCGAUUCUGCAGAAUUGUCAAGUUACUUCAUGGUGUCUUUAAGUGAUGACUAAAAAUAUUUAUAUUUUCAAUGGUUUGCAUUCCACUUAAAAAGUGUAAAUGACUAGUCAGUACCACGUGCAAAUUCCCAGAAUGGCUAUUAGGCCAAAACAUGGGGCCUCAUUUAUGAAACGUGUGUAUGCACAGUUUUUAGAGUUGGAGUACUGCAGAUAUUUGGAAAUCUAAGCAAUUCUUGCCUCGCGCCAUUAUCAAGUAAAGGAUUUGGAUGUUGACUGGUGCUCUUUUAUACGUUAAAGACAUUAAUUAGGCGGCGUUUACAAAGUUUUUGUUCUCUAAAUCACGUACGCACAUUUGAGAAAUGAUUGUAAGAUCAAAUGUAGGUUUUUGUUUUAUUGCUGUUUCUACGCAAUAUUUUAUAAAUGAGGCCCAUGAAGUUCUGCUUGUAAAUAUUCCAUUUGUUUUGCAUUCGGGCAAGCUAAAAUAUCUCCAGAGCACUAGUUACAUUCCCUUGACGUGUUCUAAACUUGAUCACUAUAGUAUUUGCUAGGUAUUUUUUGGUUGGAUUUUGGUUUUUAUGCAUCAGGUACAGUCUAGCUACUUUCGGAGCAGUCUGCUGUCCGGCCAAUUAUGAUCGACUUCAACUUUAUUUUAAAAGGAAAGUAUUGCUUCUUUUAGUAUGUAACAGAACAUGCCAACAGUUUAGGGUCAGUAAGUUUUAUUUGUGCUUUUAUUUUUAAAGGAAAAUACUUUUAUUCAGCAAGGAUGCAUCACAUUUUCUACAUUGUUACAAAAGAUUUCAAAUAAAUGUUCUUUUGAACUUUCUAUUCAUCAAAGAAUUCUGAAAAAAAAAAAAAAAAGAUCCAUUGUUUCCACAAAAACAUUAAGCAGAUGGCUGCUGAAACCAGCUUUGCAAUCACAGGAAAAAAUUACAAAUUUAAAAUAUAUUAAAAUAGAAAACAGUUAUUUUAAAUUGUAUGAAAUAUUUCACAGUAUUGUGGUUUUUACUGUUUUUUUGAUCGAAUAAAUGCAGCCUUGGUGAGCAUAAGAGAUUUCUUUCAAAAAAAUAACAUUUUAAAAAAAAAUCUUACUGAAACUAAACUUUUGAACAGUAAUGAAUGCCCGCUGUUUGGUGCUGGGGUUUCAUUUCAAUUGUAUUUUGAUUUCAAAUAUAGCUUUUAGAUUUCAAAUACAGAUGUGCUAGAAUAAGCAGGUCAGAAAUAUACAAUAUAAUCAUUCAUAAUUACUUUUCUGCUUCGUUUUGGUUUCAAUUCUAACAAUUCAGACAAACCUUUCACAACCAUUUCUGCCCUUAAGGUUAAAAAACCCCCAGCAACCAUCAGCCUUUAGGCUACUCAUUAAUAUUUGAACGCUGUUGUCCGUUUGGACAUAUGGCACAGAUAGAAUGGCAGACAGGUGGUUAGUUUCUAUUUGUCCUUUCACCAGUCCAGUGUCAACAUUAACAGUAGCGAUUCUGUUAGAUAAGCAGCUCCAUGGAAUGCAACAGUAAUACUAAGUGUCUUCAAGUUUCUGUUAAUGGAAACAUUGGAUAAUGCUCUUAAUUUGCUCUUCUGCAUGUGUGGUAUUUCAGUGCUCCCUUAGUAUUUUUUUCUCUGUAAAAUGACUGUUGAAGUGAAAUGCCAAAACUAAUAUUUGUACUGGAUAUAUAUAUUAGCUUUAUGAAUCGUUUCUAAUUUUGUAUAGUGUUAAUUGUGAAAAAAAAAAGGUUGUAUACUGCAGCUGGGAUUGGAUGUCCAGCCAUAUUUUUGUCAAGCCAAAGCGUCAGUGCGAAUCUGAAUGUUGUAUCUUUACAACUGAACAGUGUAUUUGUCUGCAUGAUGUCUCAAUAAACCACUGAUUCAUAGGC